AUGCCGCCAAUAACCACCCUCACUGAGCUCUCGUCCUAUCUAGCCUCCGCCGGCAUCAACUAUACCUCACUUCAGCCCCUCUCAGGCGGCACGGCAAACUUCGUAUGGCGCCUUCAGACCAGCGACGGCCGGACCUCUAUCGUGAAGCAUGCGGAGCCCUACGUAGCGUCUAUUCCGACCAUGCCGUUCCCGGUCGAUCGCAUGGACUUUGAGGCGCGCGCCCUUGAGCGGAUCCCCCGUUUGUUAGGAAGGAUGGACAUUGAGGUCCUGGUGAAAGUUGUGGGGCUGGUGAGGUAUGAUGCUGAGGCGAAAGUUUUGGUUCUGGAGGAUGGCGGGGCCAAGACCCUCAAAGAAUCCUACACCGACCCAGCGCUCAACAUCCCACAGCUGGGAGCAGCCCUCGGUAAAUGGCUUGCCGAUCUCCACGCCUCAACCACGUCCCUCAGCUCUCCCAUCGGCGACAAUCAAACCGCCAAAUUCAUCUACCGCCAUUCCUACAACGGCCUCGCAGACGCCCUCGAAAAAUUCGGCUUCGAUCGCACGAUCGGCGAGCGCAUCAACGAGCGCUAUGGCUCCCUCCUGCAGACCGACGACGAGUGUAUCUGCCACGGAGACUUCUGGCCGGGAAACGUGCUGCUUCGUAGACAUGGCGUUUCCCCCCCAACCCUCACCCUCGUCGACUGGGAAAUGACCCGCCGCGGCACCGGUGCCACGGAUGUGGGCCAAUUUACCGCCGAAGCCUGGCUCCUCGACCGGUUCCGCGGGCAGCGUGGUCUAGCGUCUGCUUUCCUACGCAGCUAUGUCGAGGCCGCGAAGCCGAGUGAGGAGUUUCUGAGGCGUGUGGUGGUGCAUUUAGGAACGCAUAUCGCGUUUUGGCCGACUAGAGUGGUGUGGGGCUCGGAGGAGGAGACGAGAGAGGUUGUGGCGAUUGGGAAGGAGGUGUUGGAGGGGGCGUUGGAGGGGAGAUGGGCGCUGGAUGACGUGGUGGGGCUUGGGGCAGGGGAGUAG